AUGUAUAUGUACAGGGAAGACGCUUUCCGGAAUGCGGGCUUUAUCUUUCUUCCCAGCACGACAGUCGUCAUAUCGUCUGCACAAUGCCCGAAAAGUUCCACGACAGCGUUGAGCGUCGAGCCUCAGACAGCACGGCUGAAUCCGAAGCAUGCGUCAUCAAAGAAGAACGUGAGGGUGGGGUUGCUGCAUGGCUGACUGUGCUUGGGUCUGCCCUCGUGUACUAUGCCUCCAUGGGAGUGUUGAACAGUUUUGGGUUCUUCAACAACUACUACAGCCAUGACUUCCUUCAGAACACACCAACCUCGACCAUCGCCUUCAUCGGUACGCUUCAAAUUGCAUUGAUGAAUUCACUGGCAGCAGUUUCUGGAGCACUGUGUGACCACUAUGGCGUAAGAUGGCUAUACGCUGGUGCAGGUAGUGGCACAGCAGCAGGCUUGCUCAUUCUGUCUUUCGCACAACCCGGUUGCUUCUGGCAAGUGUUUCUGGUUCAAGGUUUGCUAGUGGGAUUUGCUGCCGCCUUUGGGGCACAGCCUGCACUUACCGUUGUGGGCCAGCACUUCAAGCAACAACGAGCUGUCGCAAUGGGGUUCGUGGCCGCUGGCUCGGCGUUAGGUGGCAUAGGGUUUCCCCUCAUGUUCGAGAGUCUCCUGCCACUUUUGGGGUUUCAAUGGAUGCUCCGCGUAGCCGCACUAAAGGUCGCUGUUAUCUACUUGGUCGCGAUAGCCAUUUCGACCAGCAAGCCAAUUGGGAAAAUCCAGCACAGGGACUGUGGCUCACUUAUCGACUUUCGUGGCUUCUUUGAUAUACGCUAUGCUGUCCUUUGUGUUGGAGGCUUCUUCGCGCAGCUCGGACAAUGGAUUCCUUCCUAUUACAUCAAGAUGUACACAAAUGCUGCUUAUCCAGGCAAUAGUGUCAGUGAGUACUUUCUCCCAGUCUUGAACGGCUGUAGCAUCCUAGGCGCAGUGCUUGGAGGGUUUCUCGGCGAUCAUUUGGGUCGCUUAAAUCUUCUUUGGCCUAUCGUCAUGUUCACGGGUUGUAUAUGCAUCUUCAUCUGGCUCCUCAUCGACUCUCUCGCCGCGACUGUGCUCUUUGUUUGCCUCUACGGCUUCGGCACGGGCAUUUUUACAGCUCUAUUGCCAUCAGUGGUCGGACAGAUCACGCCUGAUGAGAACUUGGGGGCACGAGUCGGUGCCUUUUACAGCGUUGUUGCUAUUGCCAGUUUAGUCGGGACACCGAUAGGCAGUGCGCUCAUCACCACUGACGAUAAGAGGGAAGGAUACUGGUGGUUGAUCGUCUUCUCGGGCACCGCGAUCACGAUUGGGUCCUUAUUCAUGCUCAGUAGUCGCUUACUGCAUGACAAGAACCUGCGGAAGAAGUGGUAAACUCGUGUAUUUACACACACUCAUUCUGAAACAAACUUUGAGAUGAAUUCAAACCAUGCUAAGUGUUAAUUGGGAAGAGAAGAAUUGU